AUGAUGUCCUACGACUACCACGGGCCGUGGGACACCAAUGUGACGGAUCAGGCACCCGUAUCGAAUCCGCAGACAUCGAUCCUGGACAUGAAGGACAGCGUUUCGCUAUACCUCCGCGCCGGAAUCGACCUCGGCGUCGUGAACCUUGGACUGGCGUACUACGGCCGCAGCUACAACCUCGCCGAUCCGAACUGCAAGGGCUACAACUGUACCAUGACUGGCGGCGGGUUCCCGGGCCCAUGCACGGCGACGCCGGGCAUCCUCUCCCAGUUCGAGAUCGAUGAUCUGAUCGGAACGGGGAUCGUGCCCACCCUGGACUCGUCGACGCAGACGUACUGGUUCGACGAUAAGGGGUCUUUGAUUACGUUCGAUCAGGCAGAUACCUUUGCGAAGAAGAUCACGUUCGCUGGCAACACGUGCUUUGGAGGAACUUUCAUCUGGUCGCUUGACCAGGUCUUGUCGAAUCCGGGCGCUGGAGGCGGAGAAGCUGGCAGCACGGGUGGGUCUGGAAGCGGCUCGGGCUCGGGCUCUGGGGCGGGAUUGUGGACAACUAUCCAAUGGAAUCCCAAUCCGUUCCCGUCCCCCGGAGCCCGCUCCGAAACAUUCGUUCAAUCCGCGGGCGUGCAAACCUCGACUGUCACUUCCGUCGUCUCCCGCAGCACCUUCACCACUUCGAGAACGAUCGUCAUCCCCGCGUUUACGACCACGAGUACCAUCUUCACCGCCAUCUCCGGCACGCUGCGCACGAUCACGAGCACAUCCGUCGUGGCAGCCUCGACCUCGACCGCGACGAUCACCGCUACCACGGGCUCUACGGUGACCUCGCUGUCGGUGGUAACGAAGACGCUGACGACCGUGAUCGUGCCGGUCCCGACGGUGACCAGCACGGUCACCGUGGAGGGCGUCCCGAUCACUCUGAACUCGGGCGGAACACCUAUCAACUCGCCCGUGCCAACAGGCAUCUCACAGCCGAGCGCGAUCACGCCGACAUUCACAAACAACAUCUCGCCCACCCCGAACGCGACGGUCAUCGUGUACACUGCACCGCUGACGUCCACCCCGACCUGGUCCUCGACGAUCACCAUCCCACCGAAGAGCACCUCCCCGCCCGUGGUCGUCACCGGGCCGCCGGGCGACCGCUCGCGCCCCGGUUGCGGCGGCGGGAACGGCAUCUGGUCCAUCCUAUUCGGCGGCAUUAUCAGCGGCUGCCCACCCGCGGACGUCGGCAUCAUCGGCGGUAUCACGCCCGUGGUCCUCCCGCCGCCGAACUGGGUCGGGCCGUGGACGAAUCCAUUCAGCAUCCCGACGCCGAACAGCAACCCCGAGAACACGCAGUCGACGAGCACCACGAGUACGACUUCGAGCUCGAGCUCGACGUCGAAUGCGGCGUGCCCUACGAGAACGGCGGGCUAUAGUUUGCCGGACGACCCGGCGAAUGCGGAUUGGUCGGGGCUGGGUCGGACCCGGAUGCGCGGCGGAGGGCGGUGCAGGCGCGGCAUCCUCAGCGGGCUAAGAAGAGCGCGGCGGUGCCGGUUGUUGAAGAGCGAGUGGAGAGGAAUCAAUCUGAGAUCCUGCGCAGGGCUGGUCGAAGUGCCGGCCAACAUCCCGCCUUGCCAUAUCACGCUCACUUCUCCGAACUCGGUCAAUCUGGGCGCCGGCCGGUAUCUCUUCGUUCAGCUCGACGCAGGGGGUUACACGAGCACCAAUUUGCUCUCAACGAAUGUGAACGCCAAGCCGAACAAUCCGCUUCAAGCGCCGUCGACCAACCAGGAGCACGUGUUUGAGAUUGGGAUUACUAACGACGUGAUAAACUACGUCCGUGUGGGUGGUGGAAUGCUUGGGCCAGCCAUCCUCGCGGCCAUAGAUAACACCGCUAACAUGGUUUGGGUCGAUAAACCGUUGAAUCAAGCGAAAUCCAACGUUGUAAACAAUAACAUGGCGACCGCGGCAAAUCCACCACAGGCAGGAAGCGUUGCAGCGAUCAUCAACUUCCAGGACAGUGCGGGGGAUAUAUACGACGUCGAAACCUUCCUGCGCAACUUCGCCGCCCUCGGAGACUAUUUCGCGCAGACUAGCGGCAUCUUCAGCGCCACGGCGGCUCAAUUCCAGCAAUUACUCAGCGAGGUGACGCCUAGUGUGGUGAUCGACAACAGCAACAGUCUGCCAGUCCUCUUCCGGAACUGGCUGACCAGCGUCAUCUCCGCUUAUCCCAACGGCUGCACGUCACGCGCGGUGAAUGGGUGGAACUUUUAUCGCGCGGAGAUGCAAUCUGUGGCGGCGCUGACGAACAAUGGUGUCGUGCCGAACUGUUUCCCUUUGUACACAUCGAAUCAGUAUAACCCAUCGAGCUUCAACUACCUGAACUUGCUGCCCGCUGCGCCUCGAUUGCCCUCCUGCAACGUUCCCGGUACGCUGGGUAACGUUGGAUACCGUGGCGGAGGAACGACGGUCACUUCUAUUCCAUUCAACAUCUCCCCGCAGCGCAUCAUGGGUGCUGGAAAUCUGAACUUCUACGCGGUGGGCUCCGGCACCUCUCUCACGGACACGCACUACUUCGCGAUCGACGCCUCCUCCAUCGGCGGCCAGUGCACCAACGUCGUCGCGAUGCUCGACACGCUCCCCGGCACGCAAGGCUCGCUUGGUACCGCCAACAUUGACCUGCAGUGCGGCACGGCCACGGGCAAACAGCGUGUCGACUUCAACUUCGUGCUGAACGGCCAGACGCUUGGGUGCGCGGCGCUCGUUGCGGGGCACCCCGGUGGCACGACGACGUCGGUGUUCUGUGCGGCGAACCAGGGCGCGGCGUUGGCGUGUGCGGGGCAGGGCGCGUUUCCGAUACAGAUGAUGUGGUUCCCGAAUUGAGGGUCCGGCGUUGAUAAGAAUGAUUAAUAGCCUGAUAUGUUGUGUCUCCGCGAAUGUUAUAUAUAUGUAUGAUACAACGAAUUGAACUUCACUGCAACGAUGAGCUGGCUUCUUUU